AUGGCGUCUCAAACUCACCCUCAAAGUCUAUUUCCAUUACAAAAAAUGACGCUUGUUAAAACGGAAUUGUCACUUUCAAAAUUAGUUAUUCCAACAAAACCAAUAACAAAUGAACAAUUGUCAACAUAUCACGAAGCUUUAUCAUAUGUAGCAACGGACUACAAAAACCAGUUGAAUCCAGAUGUUAAUCGUAUAUGUUACGAAACAUUAAAUAAUGAACAAUGCGAAUCAUUUAGUGGCUUAACUAAGCAACAAAUCCAACAAUUAGCUACAGAGUACAACUUAACUGAACAAAAUAUUUUUUUAUUUUAUACAAAAUGUAAUACCGAUAACAGUGAUCGUCUUCCUGGUACAAUGUUUGGGAUGUCCCAUCAACUUAUUUCUCGAUGUUUUAAUCAAUGUAUUGAAGAUCCAUAUAAUAGUUUAGUCAGCGAUGAAUUAGGUGUUAAUUCAUGGAACAGAAAAAAUAUUAAUGAACAUACCCCCCAAUUUGCAAAAGAUUUAUUACAAAUCGAUCCUAACAAUGUUGUAGUUUGUAUGGAUGGUUUUCCAAUAUAUAUUGAAAAACCUGGUGACUUUGCAUUGCAAAAAUUAACAUGGUCAUCACAAACGUUACGAAACUGUGUGAAAUUCCACUGCAUAACCACUUUAGACGGCACAUUUGUAGGAAUACAAGGUAGUUAUGGUGCCACUGGUCAUAAUAAUGAGGAAACCAUUAUUGAUUCGUUAACAAAUAAUAAUUAUUUAUUUGAUACUGAAGAUAAUGAAGUUAAUAUUUAUCAUAAUAACAUGACUCAAACAUUGUUUUUUAAAAAUGUUCUACAAGAUAAUGAUAUCUUAAUAUUAGAUAGAAGAUAUACAAGAAUGAAAAAACGGCAUUACCAAAUAAAAACACUACAAUCUAUACCUAAAAGCAAAACCCACUUAUCAACUAAACAAGCUAAUGAAUCAAGAUUUUUAGUAACAUUUCAUCGAAAUGUUGUUGAACGUGCCAUUGGCCGUUUAAAAAAAUGGAAACUACUACAAAAUCGAGUGGUAUAUCAGUAUGUAUCUAAAUUACAUGAAAUAGUUUCGAUAUUAGUAUCUACUAUUAAUAAGUUUGAUGGACCUUUAUACAAAGAUCCAUUGAAUAAAUAUAAAUAUAUUAAAACAAUUGUGCAACAUAUCAGUGAUUCUCAAAAUGAAUUACAAGAAUUAACGAAUAAAAAUCAAAGUCAUCUAUGGAAAUUAGUUGCAAGAAAUCGAAAUAAAAUUAUUGAUUU